CAGAAUCCCUCCAGUCCCCACGAUGCCGGAAGGAGCGCUCUCCGCUGCAGAACGACGAGAACGUCGAAUGAGGAAGAUUUUGGAAGGAGGAGAAGAUAGGAUCAAGAAGAUUCUAUCAGGGCCGAGUGGAGAUGAACAACGUUUGCCUCCGAUGAUGGAAGGUGGAGAUUACAAGCCUUCGACAUUUUUGGCCAAUGACAAUAAUGCGUCGGAAACGAAGUCCAAGCGCAGUGCAGAUGUCCCAUUGCCAAAGUCUUCACAAUCCCCAUUUACCACGAUCACAGCUAGAAUGCAAGAGUUGAGUGUACCUCUCAGCUUACUGUACGGACUAUGCAUGCGAGCGAUCAUGGAUUGCGGUUAUACUUUCAACAUAUUAUUACCAUGGCUGCUGUUCUUCCUUGUUCCCCGUAUCCCAUCUAUUUGUCGUGACUUGCCUCAAUAUAUGGCUGAUGUUUCUGCUUUGCUCCGUUCUGGCAACUACCUGGGCAUCGAGAACGUUGUGAAGCGUUCUUAUGCCGCAUUCUCUUUCAUCAAUACUUUCAUGUCAAAUCUUUUGUUUAUGGUCGCAGGGUAUCUUCUCACCCAUGCACUGCUCAUCUCUUUUCACCACAUGACUUCUUCGUAAUCAAGCUUUGUUGUGUAGUUUUAUGUGAUUUCAGCUUUAGGCGGGUCUCCUGUUUUUGUUUGUCUUUACACUGAUUGUACAUCACUUAUUAAUAAAUUUUAGUUCAGCUCA